AUGGUUGUUGGAAGACAUUCAUUUAAUAUCCAAUCACAAAUUGAAGAUAAUUCAAAAGAAUUAAUUUAUUCUUCUUCUUCUUCAAAUAAUUGUGAUAAACAAACUAAAAUAUUACGAACAAUUUUAUCUGAGCCAGUAAAUAAUAAUAAAGAACAAUCAGAAUUAAUUACUCCUCCAACACUUUCUUCUUUAAUUAUUCAACAAGAUAAUCAACAAAUUACUACCACUAAUUUAUCUUAUAAUCAAAUAAAUUGUCUUGAAAAUGUCCAUCGUUUAUUAAAAAGUCAAAAAAGCAAUUCUCGUGUUGGAACAGAAGAAGAUAUUAAAUCAAUUAAAAGAAAUCAAAAAACAACAGAAAUUAAUUAUUAUUCUUCAAAUAUUUUAACAAAAGAAUUACUUCAAAAACACAAUCAACGUUGGGAAGAAGAAUGUAGAGAUAAUUGGAAUAAAAAACUUUCUUCAACAAUUUAUUUAAAAAGAAAAUUAAUUAAAGAAGAAGAAGAAGAAACUUUACCUUUAAAACAAUUAAAAUGUGAAGAAAAUAUUAUUAAAGAAGGAAAUUGUGAAAGAAAUUUUGAAAAUUCUUCAAAUUCUCCAAUACCAUUAAAAAGAAAAUAUUCAAAUAAUUCACAAAAAUAUUUUGGACAAGAAAUUGGAGAAUUAUUUAAUUGUCUUCAACAAAAAAAUAAAAAAGAAGAAAUAAAUACAAUAAAAAUACUUCCUCAACAACCUAAACAAUUAAAUAAUAAUUUAAAACAAAAUUCUGAAUUAAUUGAGCAACUUUUACAUGCCGCGAAUUUUGCUAGAAAUACUUUAGCUAUUAAAUUAUUACAAAAAAAUAAUUUUUCUUCUUCACAACAAAUAAAUAAUAAUUUAAAUUAUUUAAAAGAAUUUCAAUUUAUUUAA